ACAAAGUUUUCGAGUAGGAUUCCACAACGUAACGUCACGGCUUUCCCUAUUCCGCCACGAACCUUCCCCUUCUUCAACCCAAUCUUCUGCGCCAAAAUUAGGGCUCCAAACCCUAAUUAAAUCCACCUGAAUUUAAUUUACCCCCAAAAUCCGGCGAAGAAUUCACUCACCACACACAUCCCGCAUUUUAAAUUGCAAAUAUUUAGGGAGAGAGAGAGGGGUUGGAAUUGGAUUGUUGAAUUGGGUGGUGGUGGGGUUGGAGAUGGUGAUGUUAUUGGAGGACAUCGUUGAAUCGGUGGAGCUAUGGUUGAAACUCAUCAGGAAGAAGCCACAGCCCUACGUGGACCCAGACCUCGACCCUGUCCUCUUGGUGCCCGGUAUCGCCGGUUCCAUUCUCAAAGCAGUCGACGACAAGGGAAGAGAAGAGCGCGUAUGGGUUCGAAUUCUCAGCGCCGAUUACAAGUGCCGGACCAAGCUCUGGUCCCUCUUUGAUCCUUCCACUGGUAAAACGGUGUCUCUGGAUCCAAAGUCAAACCUUUCGGUACCUGAAGACAGAGAUGGGCUGUAUGCAAUUGAUAUCUUGGAUCCUGACUUGGUCAUUGGGCGUGACUGUGUAUAUUAUUUCCAUGACAUGAUAGUUGAAAUGAUCAAAUGGGGCUUCCAAGAGGGGAAAACACUGUUUGGUUUCGGAUAUGAUUUCCGUCAGAGUAACAGGUGCCAGGAAACAUUGGAGCUCCUGGCUGCAAAAAUGGAGACCGUAUUUACUGCUUCAGGAGGGAAAAAGUUGACUAUAAUAACUCAUUCUAUGGGGGGCCUUCUUGUGAAAUGUUUCAUGUGCUUGCACAGUGAUAUCUUUGAGAAGUAUGUGAAGAGUUGGAUAGCAAUUGCCGCACCAUUCCAGGGUGCGCCGGGAUAUGUUACCUCUACCUUUGUUAAUGGUAUGUCAUUUGUGGAAGGAUGGGAGCAAAACUUCUUCAUAUCAAAAUGGAGCAUGCAUCAACUGCUGCUAGAGUGCCCGUCAUUUUAUGAAUUGAUGGCUUGUCCUGAUUUCUGUUGGGAAAACAGUCCCCUUCUUCAAAUUUGGAAACAAAACUGUGAUAGUGAUGGAAACUCAAAUAUUUUGCUGGAGUCUUAUUCCCCGGAAGAAAGUAUCUCAAUUUUCACGGAAGCUCUUUCAACUAACACGGUGAAGUAUGAUGGGGUGGAUAUCCCAUUACCAUUCAACUUAGAGAUCUUGAAAUGGGCUAAUGAGACACGAAAGGUCUUAUCCUCUGCCAAGCUUCCACCUCAAGUCAAAUUCUACAAUGUAUAUGGGACAAAUCUUGAGACACCUCAUAGCGUGUGUUAUGGAAGUGAGGGGGCACCUGUGACAGAUUUACAACAAUUACCAUCUUUAAUGGCUAACUACGUAUGCGUCGAUGGUGAUGGGACAGUUCCUGUAGAAUCUGCAAAGGUUGAUGGGCUUAAUGCAGAAGCAAGGGUUGGAAUCCCUGGUGAGCACAGAGGAAUCCUGUGCGAUCGUCACCUCUUUCGGAUCCUUAAACACUGGCUGGAUGCAGGGGACCCAGAUCCUUUUUACAACCCUCUGAACGAUUAUGUGAUCCUACCCACUUUAUUCGAGAUUGAAAGGCACCAAGAGAAAGGCUUUCAGGUGACUUCACUAAAGGAGGAAUGGGAAAUCAUAGGGAAAGAUCAAGAUGACCAAGUAACUGGGGCUGCUGACCGGAAGCCUUUGGUCAGUUCAAUCUCUGUUUCUAACGUUGGAGAUGAGAAGUCUAUGCGGGAAGAGGCGCGGGCCACCGUUAUAGUUCACCCUCGGGGUGAGGGUAGGCAGCAUGUUGAAUUGAAUGCUGUGAGUGUGACCGCGAAUGUGUAAAAGUCUAUAUAGGGUUAAAAUUGUUGUACAAUAAUGUGGAAGAGGGGAAUACAUGCUUGUGUGUGUGUGUUUAUUAGUGUACUUGUUUGUAUAUAGCUGUGUAUGAGCCUUCUUGACAUAUCUUCUUUCCUGUGAGUGUGAUGUGAACAUAUAAUUGUACAGAGCAUUGUCUAUAAAAAGAAGCUACUGAAGUAAACAGUA